AUGUCUAUCCUCAUCUCAGAUAAUGGUGAUGAAAAGACUGUUUGCUCUUCCAAUUCUUCCGAUGGUAAACCACCAGUUGAAGAAAUAAAAUCUCCAGCCGUGAUGGCGCGAAAUUCUUUUUCCAUAGCCAGCAUACUAAGUCGAGAUGACCCUAAAAAGGACUUCCAUGCCGUUCAGAAUGAUGUCAAUUGUAUAGCAAGGCAUAACUUCCAGAACAUUAGUUUUGAACCACGUCUCGCGCUUAUACGGCAUGCGCAGAACUUUUGCAAUCAUCAGCAAAGUGCGUACAUGAAACACUUAUAUCCUCACUAUGCUUGGAAUCCUGUAUCAUCAACAGACGAAAUCCGACACAAUAACUCAGAGAGUCCACCACCGCAUCAAACUUCCUCAUCCCCACCAUUUCACUCGCCGUAUCGCUUGGAUUUAAACAAUAUCAGUCGAUCUCCUAGUCCCAACACUGCUUCUUCCUCUCAAGUUCGACCGGAUUCAGCUGGAGAAGGAUCCGAUUCAGAGCAUGAAACAGGAUCCAAAUCUCUUUGUUCAGGCGACAUUAGUGGAAAUAAUGACGACAAGAAAUCCAAAUCACAUAGACGUAAGAAAAAAACAAGGACGGUGUUCACUCGAAGCCAGGUCUAUCAACUAGAAGCAACCUUUGAAAUGAAACGAUAUUUGUCUAGUUCUGAACGUGCUGGACUUGCAACUUCAUUAAAUCUCACUGAGACACAGGUGAAGAUAUGGUUCCAAAACAGGCGCAACAAGUGGAAAAGACAGAUGGCUGCCGACAUGGAAGCAGCAAAUUUGCAUGCAGCAGCAACACAAAGAUUAACUCGAGUACCUAUUCUGUAUCAUGAUCGUGCUGUUGCAUCAAAUGGUGGUGUUUCUCCAAUACCCGGUGGCGGCUUGCCAGUUGUUACUGCUGCUGCAACAACGUUUUCAAAUUAUCCUGCUUUAUUUUAUCCUCCUUAUGCUGCUGUUCAGCCUGCAACUGUAAGACCGACCUUAUCAGGAAUGGGUUAA